UUACAUCUACCACUCUAGAAAGAUCUAAUAUGUUGUUUUUCAUCAGAUACAAUUUAGUGAGUAGUUUUUCUAUCUGGAAAAUUAACAGAGAUUUUCAUCCAGAGAAAUUGAUCCGAUAAAUAGCACUUUAACAGAAGCAUUCCCGUCAAGAAACAGAUCGAGAUGAAAAGAGAAGAUAGCUGAAGUGAAAUAUGGAAAUUCGAGUAUUGUUUUUUCUUGUAUUAGUCGAUAAAAUAUCGAAAGCUGAUGCAUCCUGUAAAACAAUGAAAUUCAACAAAGACUUUCCUGGAAAAUCUUUGAAGAAUUUUGUAUUUAAGAGAAUUCAAGCGAAAGAGAGUUUUUGCACAAAUCUUUGUUACAUGCAUGACGGAUGCCUGUCAGYCAAUUACGYCACUGAGGAGCAAACCUGUGAGCUGAGUGAAUCAGAUCAUAGGAUCAAUCCAGAAUACUGGGAAGACACGCCAGGAUAUGUUUAUUACUCUGCAGAGAACACAUGCAAGUGCCCCAAACACAAGAUAUGCCGUCAUAAUUUUAUUCUGAACACAUUCAAAUGUGAAUGUAACUCAAAAUAUCCAGGAGCUAACUGCACAAUAACUCCGUCUCCAUCGUCAACGGACACUGCCUCUUCAUKGGCUUCUUUCUCAUCGUUGGUGUCUUCAUCGCCUUCUCUUUCCUCCGUSUCAUCAGUUCCAUCCUCAUUGUUAUCCGACACUUCUUCUCCAUCUUUGUYGUUACCGGCAUCUCCGUCUUCAUCCGUUUCCUUGUCGUCAGUGGUAUCUGCAUCGAAUUCUUUAUCCUCGGUAUUUUCGUCUUCAAUGCAAACUCCAACUUUGACAUAUGAAUUCCUGUCGCCGUCGACAAGUGUGUCGUCUCUUUCUCUGUCCCCAUCUCCUUCAUCCAUGGUAUCUUCAUCCGAAUACCCAUCUUCUGCGCCAGAAUCUCCAUCCUUAAGCACAAGUGUACUGUCAUCUAUAUCUCCYUCACUAUCGUCAUUGUCAUGUGCGUCUGCUUCUUUAUCGCACUCUUCAGGUAAAGGCUGCCAAUUAAACUAUCCAAGGGCUUCACAAGACGAUUACAUUGAAGCAUUCCCGAAUUUUCCUCAGGAUUUAGAGGAAAUAACUUUGUCGUUCUGGCUUAAAGUUCCCUCUUCGUUCUCUAAUACCCUGGGGAUAUUUUCCUAUCAAAGUGGAGUAUAUUACAUGUCAGUCUUAAUGCAAGACACUUCCCAAGUUGAAUUCACACUCAACGGAGGCCAAAAAAUUCUCAAGUCAGAUUUUGUGAGAGACGACACUUGGCAGCAUAUAGCGAUCACAUUGAAAGACAACGGGCAUUUGAAAUUGUAUACAAAUGGUAAAAAAACAGCGGAUGAAAAUAAUAUGAGUGCAGGCUAUAUCAAGAAGAACAAUGAUGGAAAAAUCCGAUUGGGUAAAAUUGAUGKCAAAACAGACUUCAUCCAGGGAAGCAUCGCGGAACUUUAUAUAUGGAAAGUAGAUUUAUCUGGGGCUGACGUGGAAACUGUUUUUGACUUUAAAUGUGGACCUAUAGGGAAAUUUAAGGAAAAAGAGCUAAUUUCAAGUUGGGAUGCGAUCGUWAACUCCGCUUGUUACCAUGGAGAGGUAAACAAAAGCUGCCCAACAACAUGCCCUGGUUUUACUGGAGUUUGCCAACUGGACUAUCCAAGAGGUUCACAAGAUGACUACGUCGAAGCAUUCCCAAAUUUUUCUCGAGACUUUGAAGAGUUGAGCUUAUCAUUUUGGCUUAAAGUUCCCUCAUCGUACACGAAUAAUUUGGCUAUUGUCUCAUAUAGAACUCAAGAUGAGAGCAGCGAUAUGUCAGUGGUGAUGAAAGAUACUUCGGAGGUUGAAUUCAAAAUAAACGGAGGUGGGAAAACUCUUAGCUCAAGUUUCGUACGGGACAAUACCUGGCAGAAUAUAGCGAUCACACUGAAAGAUGACGGAAAGGUGAAAAUGUAUAGAAAUGGCCAGRAAAUAUCUGAAGGUACUGGAAUGAAACAAGGAAAUAUUAAAAAAGACGCUCAAGGUAAACUCCAGUUGGGUAAAAAAUAUGACGGAGCAGACCCUACGUUCGUUAUCCAAGGAAGCCUCGCAGAACUAUAUAUGUGGGAUAAAGAUUUAUCUGGUGGUGACGUCACCAGUAUCUUUGGAUUUAAAUGUGGCUCUAUGGGUGACUUUAAUUCAAACGAACUUAUUUUGAGUUGGGGUACGAUCUUACAGUCCCAAGGUUUAAAGGGGCAAGUGAAGAAAACGUGCCCAACAACAUGCUCAGGAUAAAACACCAUAAUCCAUCCCAUAUCCCCACCAUACGACUGUAGUAUAGCUAAUUUUUCAGUUCACAAUAUAUAGAUAUAACAAUGAUAUUUGUGAAUUUAAAUCAAUCAAUUUGGCUUACAGGAUUUAUUGGUAUUUUGCAAUAUGAUCUCACUUUAUGAAUUUAGGUCACGUGAAUUAGUCACRUGAAUGACCAAAACAUUCACAUCAGCCUUAUAACGACAAGGAUGGAAAGCAAUUAAGUGAAUUGGAUCUACUAAAUUUCAAUUGCUUCCCAACAUUUAUUUGCACUGAAGAAGAUCUGAGACCAGAUCGAAAUGUCUGUUAUUAAAAAACUAAGCUAGAGACAACUAGAUAUAUAUUUAUAUUAAAUGCAUGUUAUAAGUCGUCGUCAAGCACUCUGCAUAGACUUAGUGUAGACAAGAGAAGUCAUCGCUGAAUUUCCCACUAGCUCAGWUCUGAACAAAAAUAUCAUCACAUCAUCAUAUACUCAUGCAAUGUUUCAUUCAUAAAUUUUAGUCUACCAUCUGAGAGUUUUUUUUAGUUUCACACUUUACUCACUCAUCUAUUCAGUUUGUAGUCCAACGACCUUGAUCGAGUGCCGCCGGCACUGAAUUGAAUGGUACCAAAGGAAAAUGGUAAAAUCCAUAUGGAUGAUUAUAUACAUGUAUCUGUACUGCUGUCAAKUCUAAAAGUUAACUAGACAAACGUAUGCACCUAUUUAAWAAAGAAACGAAUGGUGAACGGCGAUUGUCGAAAGGAAACCAAAUGACCGAAAGGGAGUAUGCUUACGCUGYCUGACUUUGAAAAUUUUACUUCUUUGUGAUUCUUUGAUUGAAAAUGGAGACUAAAUAAAUUGUUUGCUACAGACUAUCUUGAAGUGCAAGUCAGUUGUUAUUUCACACUAAUUCGCAAAAUCCACGGUUCCUUUCGGUCGUGCAUUCGACAACUGCCAUUCGCCAUUUGAUCCGACAACCUUUAUUGGAAGAAGUAUGUUUACAUGUAAAUACCGUUUGUAAGACAAACAUUCACAAUGCAAUUUAACUAAUAAAAGCAAACUGAUACUCCAUCAUCCCAUGAGAUCAUAACUUCGUAUACACCUCAAUGAAACAAAGAAUCAAUUAAAAAUCGUAAUGCUAGCCAUAAUUCUUAGAAUUGUUUUUUGAAAAAGUUGAUAUUUUUUUCUUUAAAUUAUACUAAUCUGUAAUUCUAUGUGCCUUUUGGAAAAGAGAGGUAGUUCUUGCGCUUGAUAUGUUUGUCUGAGGUUGAAAGCGAGCCAAGGCAGUUGGCCAAGUACGGCUUUCUGAUUCUUUGUUUUUCCGUGUGGAUGAAGUCCUCGUUUGCUUUUCGUUUUUCAUGGUCAUACCGAACUAGACCAACGAUAUAUGUUAUUAUAUUUGUUGUUUUUUUAAUUUGACGUAAACAAAAACAGUCUGUGCGACAAAUUGCCUACCUCAUAUCCAAGGGGACAGAGGUAGAUGUUGCUUUUAAAUACGAAAAAUAUAUUCAAAAAUAUAUUUUUCGUAUUUCGCMCAAAACAAGAAAGUAGUAUUUUUAUUGAGCUGUUUACUUCAAUUCCUCGGUCUUCCAUUUUUUAAUUAUAUCUUUACUUGGCAUAACAUCAUUUGUUUUAUUGAAGUUAUGCCAAAGGAUUUUUUAACUAUAAUCUUGUUGUCCUUAUUAUCAUAAWGAUUGGAUAGAGUUGACAGAUCUCCCAUGGUGUUUUGUAUAAGUUUAUGAUGACAAUCAACUACCUCAUGACCGCAUGGCGAGAUUAAUAUAUUUAUUAGGAGUAUAGUAUAUUACAUUCUGUUUUAUCGCUUGUUAUUAAGAAUUGUUGAGUCAGCUGUAUACACGAAUACCUUAAAUAUUGUAAGAAAAUGUAUGGAUAGUGUAAAUUAAACGUUUAUAAUAAAUUUUUAGGCUGGCAAAAUGUUGAAAAAAAAAUCUAGUAUUUGGUAUUUGACAAUGCAAUAGUUAAACAUAAAACAGUCGGUUAAAAAAAGUAGAAAAUUGGAUCAGGGCUAUGUAAUUUUCACAAAUUACU